AUGGCGCGCUCGAGGGGCGGCGGUGAUGAGAGGAGGUGGAGGAAGCAACUGCGGCACGCGAGGAUAGGCCGGGGAAGCGCCGUCGGAUCUCCGGAGCAAAUGGGGAGGUGCGGGCGGGCGGUGGCACCAACGUCUGGAUCGGUUGAUGGAAAUGCUCUGAAUAGGUUCGUGGAGGCGUUGGAACGGAUCGGGUACAGAGACGGCCAGAACCUCUUCGGCGCUCCGUACGACCUCCGGUACGCAGCCCCCGUGCUGGGGCUGCCGAGCAGGGAGUUCUCUAUGUUCUGCGGGAACCUCACGGCGCUCGUGGAGCACGCGAGUAGCAAGAACAGGGGCAAGCCGGUCGUCCUCGUGUCGCACAGCCAAUGCGGCCAGUUCGCGCUCGAGUUCCUCAGCCGGAGCCCCCCGGCGUGGCGCCGGAGGCUCGUCAAGCACUUCUUCAUGGCCUCCACGGGCACCGGCGGGAUCGUGGGGCUCGCCUCCAAGGACGGCGGCGACGUCAUGUCGACGAGGCGCGUCAGGAGGAGCUUCGCGUCUGCGUUCGAUGCGCUGCCGUCGCCCACGGUCUUCGGCGACGAGACGCCUCUGGUCGUCACGCGGGCCAGGGACUACACCGCGCGCGACAUGCCGGAGUUCCUCUCGGCGAUCGGGCUGCCGGAGUCCGCCGUGGGCCUGUACCUGUCGCGGGCGCUGCCGGUGGCGCUCAACCUGAGAGCGCCGCUGGUGCCCAUGACGUGCAUCAACGGCGUCGGCGUGGCGACCCUGGAGAAGCUGGUGUACUGGGACAGCGAACUCGACAAGGAUCCCGAGGUGGUGUACGGCGACGGCGACGGGGCGGUCAAUCUGGCCGGCAUACUUGCGCUCGACACGGUCAUCGGUCAUGAUCCGGCGCAGCGUGGAUGCUACAGAUCUAUCAAGAUGGCCAACACGACCCACGCCGGCGUCGUCUCGGACGGUCUCGCCGUUGACCGUUUGAUCGAUGAGAUUCAUGAAGCAAAUCGCGCCACCGAGACUUGUGUGCUAGCUACUUCUGGCCACUCUACAAUAUGA